GAGCGGCGCCGGCCCGGCCCGCCGGGUCUGUGCUGCGCCCCGCCGCCGAGCGCGGACCAUGUGGCACCUGUGGCUGGCGCUGUGCGCGCUGGCGCGGCUGUGGCUCGGGGUCCUGGCGGGCUGCGCCGAGGCCGGGCGCUGCUGCCCGGGCCGGGACUCCGCCUGCUCCGUCCGCGGCUGGAGGUUGGACCGAGUCUACGGGACGUGCUUCUGCGACCAAGCCUGCCGCCUCACUGGGGACUGCUGCUUCGACUACGACAGGGCGUGUCCAGCUCGCCCAUGCUUCGUGGGGGAGUGGAGCGCCUGGAGUGGCUGCGCGGACCAGUGCAAGCCAACGACCCGCGUGCGGAGGCGCUCGGUGCGCCAGGAGCCACAGAACGGCGGGGCGCCCUGCCCUCCACUGGAGGAGCAAGCCGGCUGCCUGGAGUACUCCACGAAGCUCGGCCGGGACUGCGGACACGCCUUCGUCCCUGCCUUUAUAACUACCUCUGCAUUCAACAAGGAGAGAACGAGACAAGCUGCAUCUCCACAGUGGUCCAAGCACCCAGAGGAACCUGGAUACUGUAUGGAGUUCAAAACCGAGUCCUUGACUCCUCACUGUGCUCUGGAACACGGGCCCCUGACUCGGUGGAUGCAGUAUCUCCGCGAGGGGUACACAGUGUGUGUGGACUGUCAGCCUCCAGCUAUGAACGCUGAGAGCCUUCGCUGCUCCGGGGACGGUCUGGACUCUGAUGGAAAUCAGAGCCUCCACUGGCAAGCAAUUGGCAAUCCUCGAUGUCAAGGGACCUGGAAAAAAGUUCGGCGUGUAAACCAGUGUUCUUGUCCAGCUGUUCACAGUUUCAUUUUUAUAUAGAUUUGCAUGUUUUCAAAAUGUGUUCAUAAAUGUGCUAAAUAUUGUUGUGUUCAACACUUACAGACCUUCAGACACUGUUUGGCUGAGGUUCUGGAACACAAGUCAUUGCCACGCAGUGAGGAAUUUGAGAAAGGAAACGUAGGGACUGAUUCUCAAGGAAAAGUGUCUUUAUCUUUACUAACAUGAGGACUCACUAGAAAAGCUCCUGUGGUCUUAUGUCCUUUGUGUUGUAUGUUCCAAGACCGUAUGUCUGUCUGCACUAGAAUUAUGACCACAUGGUCCAGUCUACUUUUUGGUGAGAAGCCUUUACUUAAAUGGAUUACUUAAAAAAUGGAUAUUUUUUAAAAAUCUUAUUUCAUAGUCUCUUAAAAGAUUCUCAUUUUUAAAAAGUACAUAUAUAUAUAUUUCUGACACAUUUCUUAUGUUAUUCCAUACAUGGUGAAAUAAUUUCAAGUAAAAUUAUCAGAAAUAAUUUUCUACAGGGAAAAGUUGUUUAAAAUUUCUAUCAGAGUUUUAAUCAAUAGCUAUGCUACAAUAUUUUUUGGAGAAGAGAUUUUUUUCAGUUAAAUGAAAAGAAUAGUCAAAUAUGCAUUCUAGGUCAACAGAUGUCUUUUAAAUAUUGUAAUUUUCAUGAAGAGAAAUUUUGGUGACAAUGAACAUAAUUGCUUUCAUAUGAAAAUUCUAUCACUGUUCCUGUCUAAAAUCAUUUCCAAGGCUUGAAACCUGAAGCUGGAUAAAAUAAUCUUUCAGGGUCCAACUUCAAAUUUAGUUGAUGGGGGCUCACUGCAGUACUUUUUUACCAAUAUAUAUUUGUUGGUUUGAGGUGGAAGGCAGGAGGAGCACAGAUGACAGAAGCCAUGGAUUUCACUGCGGGUGCUAUGAUCACACACACAAGAGAGAAAACACAAUCUACAUAUUUUAUGAUUAGAAAGAGCAUCAUGAGCACAAGAGAAAAUGGCCUGCUGAAAGGACCUGAGAUGACAACUUAACACUGCAGUUAAGAGCCACACCUGGGCUUCCCAUCCAGGGCUUGCUUUCAGUGAAAAGCCAGUCUGAGCUGUAUAAGCCAACCCUGCUUCAGCUUAGGAACAGAUCUUAAAUUCAGAAUAUUUCUUUGGAGAACUGAGUCUUGAGAUAUAACCUGCAUAAAAUUUGUUUUCAAUUGUAUUACAUGGUUAUUCACUAACAAAUGGUUUACUACAAUGCAUAUUUCUUGGUAUUAAUGUAAUGACAGCAGCAAUCCUAAAGGGCAUGGAAAAGUCACAGCAGCAAUAUUUCUGACUGUACUGUGUCAGUUAUUUUUUAUGGAAAAUUAAGUUCUUCAGAAAUUGAAAAAUCUGAAGCUCAUCAAGGCUAGCAACUGUAGGUUCAGUAUUAACAUUUUAAGACUUUUGAAAACAUUUAUAAAGUACAAUAUUUGAAGAUAUGUCUGAGUACUUUGCAAUGUUACUUAAAAUUUUUAUAAAAUAAACUUUCUGUUCACAUGUGUAAAA